CGCAAAUUUGUAGCAGACAAAUUAGACCAUCAAAUCUCGCAUAUUAUUUGCAUUCGAUAGACCUUUCACUGAUAUUUCAAUCCAUUUCAGGAAACAGCAGGAAUCGAUUCUCUGAUGCUUUGAAGUUACACUGUUUGAAAUUUGAUUAAGCUUAUUUCUCUCAUGAUCUUAAUUUUGUCUUCUUUUUUCCAUCCUACGAUCAGGUUUUUGUGCCUUUGUUUUGCGAGAAAAUCGAGCAAAAAGAGAAGAAAAACAGAUUUGAGGUUGACUUUGCUCCAGUGAAUACGGAAAACUGAUCUUUGAUUUAGUCGCUUCUGUGAUCAAUCAGUUGAAAUUUUAAGAUUGUUGAACCUCAGGAUUCUAGUAUCACUUUCUACGUGAUGGAUAUAACUACAAUGAAUCGUGGGGAAAUUACUCUGUUUGGAUCUGCAGCUUGUGUGAUGCUCACAAUGCAUUUUACAGUACAACUCCUGUCACAGCAUCUCUUUUACUGGAAGAACCCAAAGGAGCAAAAGGCCAUAAUUAUUAUCAUCCUUAUGGCUCCCAUUUAUGCUGUUGACUCGUUUGUGGGUUUGUUAGAUUUCCGGGGAAACAAAGCAUUUUUCAUGUUUUUGGACUCAAUCAAGGAAUGCUAUGAGGCUUUGGUGAUUGCUAAGUUUUUAGCACUGAUGUAUAGUUACUUGAACAUAUCAAUUAGCAAAAAUAUAGUGCCAGAUGAAAUCAAAGGAAGGGCAAUUCACCAUUCAUUCCCAAUGACUCUUUUCCAGCCUCAUACUGUCCAUCUAAACCAACAUACGCUGAAGCUUCUCAAAUACUGGACAUGGCAAUUUGUUGUUAUUCGCCCGAUAUGCUCCAUGUUGAUGAUAACAUUACAAAUUCUUGGAAUGUAUCCCAGUUGGGUCAGCUGGACAUUCACCAUUAUUCUCAACAUUUCAGUUUCAUUGGCUCUGUAUUCCUUGGUGGUCUUUUACCAUGUGUUUGCAAAAGAAUUGGAACCACACAAGCCACUUUCAAAAUUCCUGUGCAUCAAAGGGAUAGUUUUUUUCUGCUUCUGGCAGGGUGUAGUUCUCGACAUUCUAGUUGCAACGGGCAUCAUCAAAUCUCAUCAUUUCUGGUUGGAUGUUGAGCACAUUCAGGAAGCUCUUCAGAAUGUCUUGGUGUGUCUUGAGAUGGUGGUCUUCUCAGUUCUCCAGCAGUAUGCCUUUCAUUUUGCUCCUUACAGUGGAGAUGUUGAAACGAAAAUGAAAUACAAAAAGAAAGAAUGAUGUUAUGGAAAGAAUUUGCAGGUGAUGAGCCCUAUAACAUACUUUAGGAAUGCAUUCUACAAUCUCUUAAAUGGUACAUGCAAAGAAAAUCAACUGAUGAAAUUGCUACUACUGUUCAUUCUUCUGCUUGCUACUUGUAUAAUUUGGGUAUCACAGCUGCCGCUAAAUUUCAUAUUUCAACAGUGUGAUUGAUUUACAAUUUAAUAGUAAUAUUUUUGCUGGUAAA